GCUUGGCACGAGCUCGGGAGCUGUUUAACUGGAUGCCGACGAGCCGGCGUUCGUAAUGGGCGCGAAAAAUGACGGGUCUUUUUGAUCUGGUGCUCACUUUUUGGGUUUCUGAACUUUUAGUUUGGGUAGCAUUCACUCCGAGUAGCUAGCUAGUGGUAUUUGAACCAUGAGGGCUUCUACUAGUAUUAAUAGUAGUCUCGGUGGCAGCAGACGGCUGGUGCUGCUCCUGUUUAUCUUAUUCAACUUGGUUUCUGUGUGUCAUUGUAAGAAGGAUGACAAAGUUGAAGAAGAAGAAGAACACGAGUACAUUUUUCAAGAUGUGGAUGAAGAUACCGGUGCUACCACAACGGUAACUAGUACUACCACUACUACCACGACGAGCACGACCGUUGUUACUGGUAGCCCCACCACCAGUCCCUCGGCCAAUAAUCGCGAAGAAGAGAUCAUUCUGUUUUUGAGUCCACGCUUUGGAGACGCUGCCACGCUGAGCGAUGAUUCCACGCCCCAAGGCCAAGCAGUCAAUUGGAUGGCCAAUGACGAUCCCCUGCAGCUACCCAUUCCACCGUCUCAACGAUACUCGGGUGCCUACCGAUUCGUACAGCGAUACGCACUUGCUGUACUCUGCUUUGCAUGGGCUCCACCGACGCCUGCCAAUCUUCCAGCUACUACCAAUACUACUAGCAAGACGAAUACAACCAACGGGAUUCCAUUUCUCACGGGAGACAGCGAAUGCGACUGGAACGACCAGAUCCCACUCAUUACCGGAGAAACACUUGUCAUUGGAGCGCAGUGCAAUGCCUUGCAAGAAGUCGAUUAUAUUAAUUUGCCCUCCAUGAAGUUGGUGGGAACCAUUCCGGAUGAAACGGCUCUACUUUUGGCCUUGACGCACCUCACGUUGCCCUACAAUCAGUUGGAAGGAGGCAUACCCAAUCGACUCCAGUACCUUACGGGACUCUCCAUUAUCGAUCUACAACAGAAUGCCAUGACGGGAAAUCUACCUGCGGCAGGAUUCCAGAAAUGGACCCAGCUCACGUCACUCGCGCUCAAUGGGAAUAAACUCACCGGAGUUCUACCCACUCAAUUGGUCAACAUGACAUCUCUCACAUCCCUCCAAUUGCAAAACAAUGAGCUUUUUGGGAUUAUUGAAAUUCUCAAUUUCAUACCCACCCUCCUCCAACUCAAUCUCGCCAGCAAUUCCUUUGCCGGACGCAUUAGUCAAUUGAGUUUGGUCGAUCUUGUCAACCUGCAACAACUGGACUUGAGUGACAACUUUUUUCAAGGAACAUUUCCAGAAGACUUUUUACUUACCAACUCAUCCGUCGUGCACAAUGAUACGACUACCAUGGUCGUCACAACCACCACAACCACCACCACUACUACCGUCGGACGACAUGGCGGACAUGAUUUCAAUCCGGAACUCCAAUUCUUGAGACUCCACAGCAAUCAGUUUGCCGGGAAUCUCGAUGAGACACUCCUCAAUUUGCCUAACUUGAUUGCGUUGGAUGUUUCCGAUAAUGUCUUUACGGGGACCCUGCCACAAGUGGACACCAUUUCCAAUCUGCAAUUUCUCUCCUUGGCAUCCAAUCCGUGGCAACCGGGACCCAUUCCCUGGGGAUUGAUCUCCACCACGCAGUUCAAAGAACUCAAUCUCGGCGAUACCAAUCGCAAUGGCAAUAUUCCAACUUGGCUCGGAAUCAACCACUUUGACCUUGAGCUGUUGGCGCUGGACAACAAUGAUUUGGAAGGAACCAUUCCGGAAUCCAUCGGUGACAUUGCCAGUCUCCGGUAUCUGCUCCUCCAAAACAAUAAACUCGAAGGAACGCUGCCUGUUUCCAUGGCCAAUUUGCAGCAACUCGAGGUCUUGCGCAUGGACGGAAAUCGGUUGGCGGGCAGUACGGCCCCCAUUUGUCUACCGAAUUCCACCGCGUUGGUCUUGUUUGCCGCCGAUUGUACCGAUUUUGACGACGAAUGUCCCUGCUGCACUCAUUGCACUCGUUGUUGGGGCUGCGAUGGCGAUACCGAAGCCGUCUUGGCGACCAAUACGUGGACGCAUCGUGGUGGUACUCGUGCGCGAAAGUAAGCAACCACAGACAACACAUCGAGAUACAUGGAAAGUGUAUUUAUUGGAAAGACGUGACAUGUCUGAUGGUGAAGAGAAACAAUCGUAGUUUGUAAUCUGUAAUGAGUAUAGUUAUCAACGUGUUCCUAGUUC